UCUCUCUCUCUCUCACUCACUCUUAUCUCUCUCUGAAGCUCUUAUUUAUUCUCAGCUUUUACUUUUUCUUAAUGCUUCAUCAGUUACAUUUGCUCUGCAAAUUUCUCUUCUUCUUCUCAUUUCAUUUCUAGAUUUUUCUCUUGGUCUGCAACAGCCAUGAAUCGAACCAAGUACACAGAGCAUCGAAACAUCACAACCAAGCUCGUCAAUCAUUUCCCAGAAUCCAAUGUCGUAGCCCCCAAAAUUGUACGGAUUUCUGUCACCGAUGGCGACGCCACCGACUCCUCCGGCGACGAGGCCGAAGACCGAAUCGUCGUGAAGCGCACGAUCAACGAAAUCAGAAUCGAAGAAUGCAGUGCUCCGAGGCUCUUCUCCAAGCCUAAGGCUCCGAGGUGCAGAGCAAAUGACGAAAGCAACAAAGUUUCGCCGAAGGGGAAGAAGUUCCGAGGCGUACGGCAGAGGCGGUGGGGGAGAUGGGCGGCGGAGAUCCGAGACCCCACUAGCCGGACCCGGGUCUGGCUCGGAACGUUCGACACGGCGGAGGAGGCCGGUUUGGCUUACGACAGAGCCGCCAUUGCGUUUAAAGGACAUCUGGCCUUCACCAAUUUCAUCAAGCCACCCGAAAUCGCCGUACCGGCCACUCCGGACUACGACUGCAAACCGAUUUCUUGGGAAACGUCGCCCACCGUUGCGGUGAUCGGCGAGUGUGAUCACAGUCUUCGUUCGCCGACCUCUGUUUUGAGCCCUGGUGAGGCCGAAAUCGAGUGGAGACCGGUCGGGAUUUCGGAGCGAGAUGAUUUCGGGGCGUUUGAGUCCGAGUUUUUGCUGAACGAUUGUUUUGAACCGGAGGCUCCCGCGCCGAUAUUUUUCGACGAAAUGAGAGUCGUACCGGAAAUGCUGUUAAAAGAUGAAGAUUUCUCCGAUUUGUCGCUCGAUUUCCGGUCGUGUAAGUGGGAUGACGUGGAGGAUUACUUCGAAGGUGCUUGUGAUCAAAGCGGUGCGCCUUGUUGUUUUGAAUGAAAUGCUUCGACAGAUUUGAGUGCCGGAGAGUGGUUUGAGUUUUGUUAGUAAAUUAAGCUCUGUAGUCUAUAUAAUUAAGUUAAUUAAUCACUUUGUAAAUUUGUUUUGAAAUUGAAGGCAUGAUGAUGAUCAAGAAAGAGUUUGA